AUGGUCCGGCCCGACGAGCGCGAUGAAAUUCUGAAGACUCCAACAAGAGAGGAGCUCUAUGCCGAUAACAGCCUCGACUCGAUCGACAGGGAGGAUUAUGUCUACACCCCUCCCAUGCUCGACUUUGCGGCGCUUGCCCCGGCUGAUGAAACGUGUGAUGUCGAGCCGGAUAUCGACCUUGCUUUGAUCGGAAACGGACAAAUGUGUGUUCCCGAUUCGGAUGAGGUCAAGGCUGCUAGUAAUGAGGUUAACGAGCAAAUUCUCUCCGGUCAUCGCGAGAUGGACAAUGUGGAGCACGUUCAGGCCAUUCAUCGCGAGAUCCCCAAGGUCAACGAGGCAGGUCCGUCACAGCAGCAACCGCUUCCAGUACAAGAGCCCCUACCUGCCCGACUCGUUGAAUUGAUUGGCAGUGUAUCAGACUGGUUCAAGGCGCAUGUCGGCGGUGAACGGGACCAAUGGGCUAUUUGGCUGACGAAUGGUGGAUUCAAGAUGUCAAAACAGACCCUGCUCCGCCUCCUUCAACGUCGUACUGUUGCCGAAAAUUUCUACUAUACACAUGAAAGCCGCAUCAAGAAACUCGAAGAAAUCAGUCGGUGGAUUACACAGUGCGGUGUGGUUGAAGCUCCUUCGCGCGCCGUCGAAGAGCUGCGUGAUUUCUGGUGCGGAUGGACAUUCAGCGGACGAGUGUCGCCGGCGAUCACAUUCCUCUGCGUCUACGAUCUGCAGGGAGUUGUCAUGCUGAUUGAUCUCGUGAUCUGUCCGGAAAGGGCUGCCCAGCGAGGACUGGUGCAUCUCAUCGAAGCGGAUCAGCACGAUGAAGAGGAGUUUAUGGCUUACCCCAGCCAAAUCAUUCAGCCCGAGAUAUGCUUGGUGAGAAGUCGAUCCGCCCGCGAAUCC